AUGAGUAUUUUUGAAAUAGUUGAAAGAUCCUCUCUGCCCGAGGGGGUGUGUCCAUUAAUUGAAUCAUUAAGCUUUGUGGAUUCGAAAAAUGAAGAUGGGAUAGCCAUUAACAUGAAUUCAAAAUGUAUCAUUCCCUCAGAUAAGCUAGAAGAAGUAAGCGUUGAAGGAAUGGAUGGAGGAAGGAUAAAGUUACUCAGAAUCCCAUACGGUUACAAUGAACUAAGUAUAAAUUUUAAUGAAGGUGUGGAUAUCUCUUUGGUCAAAUGUGUAAUUACAAAUGGAAACAAGUCUUGUGCUUUCGGUGGAACUAUGCUUAAAUCUGGAAUCUCACUUUCCGAAGAUGCAAUUGGUUCUGUAUCUAUACAGCUUUUAUAUGAUGAGAAUAAGGAUUUCACCUUUACUUUUUACCGGGCUCUUCCUCAGAAAUCAUUAGUUCCAAAUAAAACACAUCAUCAAGACACCCAAACCAAUGAAGCAUUGAAUCCAUAUCCGAUACCCAUGACAGAUGGCCCUCUGUUUAGAGAGGCCGUCAGCCUUUAUGAGCAGUUUGCUUCUUUACUCUUGAAAAAAUUUCAUAGCAGGAUUGAAAAGCUAAGCUCAGUUUCCCAUACCAGCAAAAAUACAGAACACAAAUCUCAAAUGAGAGAGACAUUCAAAGAAUUCAGGAAAGGGUUUUCAGUUACCCCCAAACCAGAAUCACUGGUCUCUAAAUACGAGUCUGCUAAGGCCGUUACAGGAAACUGUUAUGCUUAUCAGUUUCUUGUUCAGAUUUAUCGUAAAGACAAUGAAUCUUCUGUUGGUAGGAGUAGCCUCAGAAACUUACAAAACUUUUUGUCUUGCAAGCGUGGUUUUGAUGAUGAGAGCAAGAAAUAUUAUGAAUGGUUAUCGAAGUUGUUGGGGUCGGGAAAAUCAAAAGAUCUCAAGCUUUUUAUGAGGAUGUCCUCCUUUGAGGCCUCGAAAUUGCGAUACUUCAAUUAUUUGUAUGAUACUGUGACAGGGUGUCUAUUGGAAAUGCUAAAGGUUGAUGAAAGAAUUGCUUCUGAGUAUUUGCGAUGCAAAGCUGCGAGACUCCAACUAGCACAGAAAAUUGAAUCUGUAGGCAUGAUGAAAGAUUUACUAGAGUUCCAAAAAAAUGUUUCUUCGUUCAAUGUACAGAAUGAAGCUUUAUUUUUGAAAGAUCCUACAUCGCCAUAUAAACUAACGUCACAGUGUCCAUCAAAAACAGGCUUGUUGUUUGUACACGGCGGCCAAGGAAAAUCCGGGUGGCACAAACAAUGGGUUGUUCUUUUGGAUGGUAAGCUCUAUGAAUACAUGGACUGGAGAAGAGGAUCGGGACUUCGAAAUAAUCCAAUUGACAUUGCUCUUUGCAAUAUCAAGUUAUUGGAGUCGAACGAAACUCGGAUGAGUGUUGAUAUAGGACAUCGUAAGAACUGCUUCCGUUUAAUAAAUUCUCAAGGAAUUGAGCAUGUUUUUCAGGCUUUUACAAUUGAAGAGGCCACUGAUUGGGUAAAAACUCUUUUUGAUGCAUGCCAGAUGAUUGCAUUUAAUGAUAGCAAUGGGAAGAAAAAAAUCACUGGUGAACUCUCUAAUAAUGGCAAUCACGAUCGAAGUUCUAGGAAGAUUGGUAAAGAUAAAGAUAAUACUGCGAGCGAUGCAGAAAGCUCACGGGCUGUCAAAACCAGUGUUGGAACAUCUGCAAGGUCGAGAAUGAGACGCGUCUCAUCAGUGUCUCAGUCUUUACUUUAUUUUGUUCAAGGUAACGAUCCGUCUAAUUAUAAAUGUGCUGAUUGCGGGACAACCGAGCAAGUAGAAUGGAUAUCUUUGAAUCUACUUGUUGUGUUUUGUAUUCGAUGUUCAUCAGCUCACCGUUCAUUGGGAACUUCAGUUUCUAAGGUUAGAAGCUUAAUUCUUGACAGUUUCAAUGAAGAGAGCAAAGUGUUAAUUCACCAGAUAAAUAAUUCCUCUAUGAAUGCUAUUUAUGAGUCUGAUAUGCCACCGAAAGUUAAGCCAGCUGCGCAAUCAUCAGACGAAGUUAGGUACCGGUUUAUUAAACAAAAGUAUGCCGAGAAGAAAUAUGUUAACAAUUUUGUUCGACAAAAUGCCUUGCCAAUAAUGAUUGAAGGGAUUCGAAAUCACAAUAUUAGAAAAGUAUUAGAAGGUAUUGUAGGUGGUGCAGAUGUUAAUAGACGAUUUUACUAUACUCCCCAAAGUAAAAACACUGUUUCAGAACCUAGUUCGAACUCUCACCACGAAAAUGAUAAGCCAAUCGAUAUGUCAUUCCUGGAAUAUGCAUUGCUGCAUCCUACUGUUCUUGAUGGAAGACAAAUCUUUGACAUAGCCGAAUUACUAACCUUGAAUGGAUGCAAUGUUGGAUCACAGGUUAAAAAGGGUAGUCUAUUAUCCAAUUCUGCAAAGAAAUGGUGGCAAGAUCGGAUCGAUAAGAUCAAUUACAUUCCUCUAGAAAAUCAAGCAAAGAACACGCCUUUGAAGGCUCAGCAAGACAGUUUUGAACAGAGGGAUCCCACUAUUAAGAGACCCUCCAUAAUGGUAAAUGGUUCUAAGAAGACAGCGAAUGGUUCCAAGAGCAAGAUCAAGAAUCCCAAAGAAGGAUUCAGUUUGUUCAGGAAAAAAACCAAGUCUGGACUAAGAUCAGCAGAUUAA